AUGGCGGAACACAAACCUUACAUGGUCAUCUUCAAGGAUGGCUGCCCGCCGUCUGCUAUCGAGGAGCAGAAGGCCAAAGUGCAACAGGCUGGAGGCACGAUCAAGCAGACGUUUGACUCGAGCAUCAUGAAGGGCUUCGCUGCUACGCUCCCCGACAGCUUUGCUCAGGAGCUUACCACGGCUAGCGUCGGUGGCAAGCACGAACACAUCGAGUACGUCGAGCCCGACAGCGAGGUCAAGACUCUUUAG